UGCACUGGUCCAUGUGAGCGACGAUGGGGCUGGACCAAGGUGGUGGCCACAUACAUGGUAAGAAGCAGCCAAAUUCUGGAUAUACUUUGAAGGUUAAGCCCACAGGAUUUAGUGACAGACUGUGUGUAAGAGAGAAAGGGAGGAAUCAAGGAUGACAUCGAGGGUUUUGAUCAAACAACUUUGAGGAUGGAGAUGCUCCCAACAAAGACUCUCAUUGGAUCCUAUGACAACGCUAUUUGGUAGAUUUACUCAUUACUUCCAAUUUCCAGCUGGGGAAACUGAAGCUCAGAAAGGUAAAGCAGGUACCCCAAGGUCACACAGCAAGAAGCGUCUGAGAUGGGAUUCAAACUCAGGUCCAUCUGACUCCAAACCUAUGCCUGUCUUACUUCGGGGACUAACUGUGUCUCUCUCUCCCAGAGCUCCAGAGCCUUCCCAUUCUCCCCCACUUCCAUCUCCUCUUGCCAUGACAACGAAACAUAGUGUGUUAGUUUCCUAUGGCUGCUGUAACAAAGGACCACAAACUUGGUGGCUUAAAAUAUUAUCGUGGAGGUCAGAAGCCUGACACAGAUCUCACUGGGCUAAAAUCUAGCUGUCAGCAGGGCUGGCUCCUUCUGGAAGCUCCAGGGGAGAAUCUGAUAACUGGCCUUUUCCAGCUUCUAAAGGCCACCUGCAUUCCAUGGCUCGUGGCCCCCUCCUCCAUCCUCAAAGCCAGCACUGGCCAGUGGAAUCUUUCUCACAACCAGUCCCUCUAACACGGAUGGUUCUGCCUCCCUCUUCCCUGUUGAAGGACUCAUGAGAUUACAUUGAGACCCUGUGGUUAAUCCAGAACAACGUUUCCAUCUCCCCAUCAGCUGGUUAGGAACCUGAAUUCUAUCUGCAAAUUUAAUCCACCCCCUACCCCUUGCCGUGUAACGUAACACGUUCACAUGUUUAGAGGGAUUGGGAUGUGGACCUUUGGUGGGCGGGGAGGCACUCACUCUGUCUCAUAUGCAGUGAGCUCACAAGGGCCUCUGUGACCUCACCAUCCCCUGGGACCCAAAUUUACAAGAUGCCCCUCCCACAUGGUUGCUGGAUGGGCAAACUACUCACCAAGGAUUUGAGCCUAAGUGUCCUGACCCUCCAGCUGCCAUGGGAGCCCAACCUGAGGAAGGUCAGAAGCCUUGCUCGAGGGUCCAGACCCUGUUUAAGAGGGUCAAGUCCUUACUCACCAACCCACCCCCCUCCUUGAACCUGGGCUGUACCCAUGUAUAUGGGUACAUGUUUGGGCAUGUGCCUGAAAGCAAACUGGAGCAUCUCCCAACACAGCAGCUGACCGGGUCUGUCCUGCAGGUGCUGCACACUGGAGAGCAGCUGAUGGUCCCCAUGGCUGUCCUGGAGGUAGAUAAUGAGGGAGCCUUGUGGAAGUUUCUCCUCUCGGGAGCCAUGGCUGGGGCGCUGUCUCACACAGGCACGGGCCCUCUGGACUGUGCCAAGGUAUACAUGCGGGUCUACUCCUCCAAGACAAAUUUCAUGAAUUUGCUGGGAGGUAUACGGAGCAUGGUCCAGGAGUGGGGUGUCUGCUUGCUAUGGAGAGGCAAUGGUAUCAACGUACUCAAGAUCGCCCCGGAGUACGCCAUCAAGUUCUCUGUCUUUGAACAGUGUAAGAAUUACUUCUGCGGAGUGCAUGAGUCCCCACCCUUUCAGGAACGACUCCUUGCCAGCUCCCUGGCUGUGGCCACUUCCCAGACGCUCAUCAACCCCAUGGAGGUGCUGAAGACACGGCUGACUCUGUGCCGGACUGGCCAGUACAAGGGGCUGCUGGACUGCGCCAGGCAUAUCGUGGAGCAGAAGGGCACCCGCGUCCUUUACCGCGGCUACCUGCCCAACAUGCUUGGCCUCAUUCCCUACGCCUGCACCGACCUGGCUGUCUACGAGAUGCUCAGGUGUCUCUGGCUGAAGUCAGGCAGGGACAUGGAUGACCCCAGUGGCCUGGUCAGUCUGUCGUCCGUGACAGUGUCCACAACCUGUGGCCAGAGGGCCAGUUACCCACUGACUUCGGUGCCCACCAGGAUGCAAGCCCAAGACACUGUGGAGGGUUCAAACCUCACCAUGCGUGGAGUCUUCCGGCAGAUCCUGGCCCAGCAGCGCUGCCCGGGGCUGUACCGAGGCAUGACCUCCACGUUACUGAAGGUGUUGCCAGCAGGUGGCAUCAGCUACAUGGUGUACGAAGCCAUGAAGAAGACCCUGGGCAUAUAAGCAGUGAACUAGGCAUACCCUGGGCAGAAAUGGACAGGAGGAUCCAGUGUCCCCUGGCCCCAAAGAACCCUCCAGGCUUGGGACCCAGGGUGGUUUUUGUCAGAAGCAGGCUGGGGGCCUGGGUCAGAAGAUUCCUGGAGUGACUUCCCUGGUGGCUCAGAGUUUAAGAAUCCACCUGCCAGUGCAGGGGAC